AUGGGUCAAAACCAGUCCGGCAUGGGCGGUGGCCAAGAUGGCAAAGACGACAAGGACAAGAAGAAGGAUAAGCCCAAGUACGAGCCCCCUCCAAGACCUACGACCCGAGUCGGCCGCAAGAAGAGAAGAGGAGGUGGCACCAGCGCCGCUGCCAAGCUCCCCGCCAUUUACCCAACCAGUCGAUGCAAGUUGAGGUUGCUACGAAUGCAGCGCACACACGAUCAUUUGCUUCUAGAAGAGGAGUUUGUCGAAAAUCAGGAACGCUUGCGGCGAGUCAAGGCCGCCAAAGACAGCAAUGCUCCUGCAUCUGACCUGGACGCCGGUGAUCGCAUGGCCGACGAGCGUGGUCGUGUCGACGACAUGCGAGGCAGCCCAAUGGGCGUUGGUACCCUUGAGGAGAUGAUUGACGACGACCAUGCUAUCGUUUCGAGCACUACAGGCCCAGAAUACUAUGUUAGCAUCAUGAGCUUUGUCGACAAGGACCUUCUUGAGCCUGGCGCCAGUGUACUCCUUCACCACAAGAGCGUUAGCAUUGUUGGUGUCUUGACUGAUGAUGCCGACCCCUUGGUCAGUGUGAUGAAGUUGGACAAGGCGCCGACCGAGUCUUAUGCCGAUAUUGGUGGUUUAGAGCAACAAAUCCAGGAGGUCCGGGAGUCGGUCGAGCUGCCUCUGCUACAUCCGGAACUCUACGAGGAAAUGGGUAUCAAGCCGCCCAAGGGUGUCAUUCUUUACGGAGCUCCUGGCACAGGCAAAACACUGUUGGCAAAGGCGGUGGCAAACCAAACUUCAGCCACCUUCCUGCGCAUUGUUGGUAGUGAGCUGAUCCAGAAGUAUCUCGGCGAUGGACCUCGGUUGGUGCGGCAGUUGUUCCAGGUUGCCGCUGAAAACGCCCCCUCCAUUGUGUUCAUCGACGAAAUUGAUGCUAUUGGCACCAAGAGAUACGACUCAACAUCCGGAGGCGAGCGCGAGGUCCAACGUACCAUGUUGGAGCUGCUCAACCAGCUCGACGGUUUCGACGACCGUGGUGACGUAAAGGUCAUUAUGGCCACCAACAAGAUUGAGACGCUUGACCCGGCCUUGAUCAGACCCGGCCGUAUCGACAGAAAGAUCUUGUUCGAGAAUCCUGAUCAGAACACCAAGCGCAAGAUCUUCACCCUCCACACCUCCAAGAUGUCUCUCAACGAGGACGUCGAUUUGGAAGAGUUCAUUGCGCAGAAGGAUGACCUGUCUGGUGCCGACAUCAAGGCAAUCUGCUCUGAGGCUGGGCUGAUGGCGCUUCGUGAGAGGAGAAUGCGUGUCCAGAUGGCCGACUUCCGUGCUGCCAGGGAGAGGGUUCUGCGCACCAAGCAAGAGGGCGAGCCAGAGGGACUUUACCUGUAA